AAAUGUGGGAAGGUUGCUAAAUAUCAAGCAGAGACUUCAACCAGCAUCUUCUGUUACCGUUAAAGAACAGAAUAAACACAAACCCGAUCUGCACCGGAGGAUUAUGGGUACAUGAUGCCUGGAUAAUUUAGCAGAGCUUUUUACCUGCUCUUCAUCUUUACUCCGACUUGAAAGCCAGAACAAAUCCAUCUCUGUUGGGAUAGCUUAAAGAGCCCCUAUUAUGCUUUUGGGGAUUUUUCCCGUCUUCCAAAAGGACCAACUCUGGGAUCUUCCAAAAGGACCAACUCUGGGAUCUUCAUAAGGGACAAACUCUGGCAUCUUCCAAAAGGACAAAUUAUGGGAUCUUCCAAAAUGACAAACUAUGGGAUCUUCCAAAAGGACAAACUCUGGCAUCUUCCAAAAGGACAAAUUAUGGGAUCUUCCAAAAUGACAAACUAUGGGAUCUUCCAAAAGGACCAACUCUGGGAUCUUCCAAAAGGACCAACUAUGGGAUCUUCCAAAAGGACAAAUUAUGGGAUCUUCCAAAAUGACAAACUAUGGGAUCUUCCAAAAGGACAAACUCUGGCAUCAUCUUCCAAAAGGACAAACUAUGGGAUCUUCCAAAAGGACAAACUAUGGGAUCUUCCAAAAGAUCAAAUUAUGGGAUCUUCCAAAAUGACAAACUAUGGCAUCUUCCAAAAGGACAAACUAUGGAAUCUUCCAAAAGGACAAACUCUGGCAUCUUCCAAAAGGACAAACUAUGGGAUCUUCGAAAAGGACAAACUAUGGGAUCUUCCAAAAGGACAAACUAUGGAAUCUUCCAAAAGGACAAACUAUGGGAUCUUCCAAAAGGACAAACUCUGACAUCAUCUUCCAAAAGGAAAAACUCUGGCAUCUUCCAAAAUGACAAACUAUGGGAUCUUCCAAAAGGACAAACUCUGAGAUCAUCUUCCAAAAGGAAAAACUAUGGGAUCUUCCAAAAGGAAAAACUAUGGGAUCUUCCAAAAGAUCAAACUAUGGGAUCUUGCAAAAGGACAAACUAUGGGAUCUUCCAAAAGGACAAACUAUGGGAUCUUCCAAAAGGACCAACUAUGGGAUCUUCCAAAAGGACCAACUAUGGGAUCUUCCAAAAGGACAAACUAUGGGAUCUUCCAAAAGGACAGACUCUGGGAUCUUCCAACAGGACAAACUAUGGGAUCUUUCAAAAGGACAAACUAUGGGAUCUUCCAACAGGACAAACUCUGAGAUCUUUCAAGGGGACAAACUAUGUGAUCUUCCAAAAGGACAAACUAUGGGAUCUUCCAAAAGGACAGACUCUGGGAUCUUCCAACAGGACAAACUAUGGGAUCUUUCAAAAGGACAAACUAUGGGAUCUUCCAACAGGACAAACUCUGAGAUCUUUCAAGGGGACAAACUAUGUGAUCUUCCAAAAGGACAAACUAUGGGAUCUUCCAAAAGGACAAACUAUGGGAUCUUCCAAAAGGACAAACUCUGAGAUCAUCUUCCAAAAGGACAAACUAUGGGAUCUUCCAAAGGGACAAACUCUAAGAUCUUCGAAAAGGACAAACUCUGGGAUCCUCCACAUCUUUGUGCUGCUGUUCGUUAUUUGUCUCAGGUGGUACCACUUCAGCAAACCUUUCACUGAACUGUGUACUUAGACUGGUUAAAGGGUUAAAGGGUGAUCCGUCUAAUCCGACAGCUGAAUGAAUCCAAGUGCUCUUAAUCUUUCGACCUCCUCCUCCUUCGUCUUUUCGUUUGUAUUUGAAAGCAUGCUGGCAUGCGUUCUACCUGGCUUCACUUGAAGUCAAGAUGCGGUUUUGACUUUAUUGUUGCAAAGUCAAAACAAAGUGGGAUUAUGAGAAUCCUACCAAAGUCAUUUGCAGCUAACAGGUGCUAGUUUGUGUUCAGUUACUACUUUAAUACUUAAGUACGUCAGGUUUACAGAUUGUUUACUGACAUCUGAGAUUAGGAGUCAUUACUGAUUAUGUAAAUUUGACAAAAAAAACUUGGAGGUAACCAUAUAGUCAUGGCAGGUUGAAUUUUCCAGCACUUAAAAACUGAAAUUAGUUGGAUUAUGGAAGGUAAGAAAUCAGUUUGCUGGUUAGGAAGAAGGUCAUGAUGAAUUAAAGUAUUACGUUAACUUUACAUGAUUUGUAGUUGGAGUGUAAUUUUGUUAUUUUUCAACCUGGACCCUGUUUUCCCAUGCAUUGGUGUCUAAGUGACUAAUGUGAACAAAAAUCUUGAGCAAAAGUCUGUAACACAGUCAGUCAGCGUCUACUAAAAGUUCUGUUGUUGCUGCUGACAGACUCAGAUUAUUAUUAUACACGCUAAAAAUCCUGAUUAU